AUGGUGGUGUUCGUCUCGUCAGUGAUGAUGUGCUUGAAGUCAAAGGAGGAACCACUACGUACACCUCAUGCCAAAGAGGUCGAACCAGUACGUACACCUUAUACCAAGGGGACUUGUCCUGGAAUGAGUCCAGGAAACAGCAAUGAGGUUGACAUCGGUGCUCACGUUAAUGCAGGAAAGGUUCAUAAAGAAGCACCGGUACGGCUCCCUCCGGUCGAAAGAACUCAAAGAUCAAAUGAUGAGCGAAGAAAACCGUCAAUUGAUGAGCGAAGAAAACCGUCCGCUGCCGCUAAAUCGUUCCCCUAUCGGAAAUCCAAUGAAUUCAGAUCGAGGGAGUGGUUGCCGCUUGCCAAAACCCAAAUGCACGACGUGGAUGCUUGCCAGCUACCUCCUCAGAAUCAGGUCAAAAAGGAAAGGCUAUCUGCUGAGAAAGUAAAACAACUCCGCUGA